AUGGGGACGCUUUCCGUCUUCUUGGAUGUCCCCUUAGUAAAAAGGACUGACAUUCCCCAGGACUUCUACAAAGAAGAUCCACAUCCCCAAAAGGUGUUGCUUGGCCAUGCAGGUUGCCAGACUGAUGCCGGUGAAGCUUGGAUCCCCCCUGUGGUGCAACGGAUUUUACUCCAAAUCUCUCAGGAUCCAACGUUGGACCACGAAUACCUCCCGCAGCUUGGGAUAUACGAGUACACUAGAGCAGCCACUGAGCUGGCGAUUGGCAAGGAGAGCCACGCUCUCUUAGAAAACAGGGCAGGGGGUGUUCACACAGUCGGGGGGACAGGUGCUCUUUGGCUUGGGGCUGAAUUCCUGUGCCGUUGGUACAAGCCCAGGUUCGCAACUCCAACAGCUCUCUACAUCGCCAAGACACAAUGGGACAGUAUUGGGAGUAUAUUCCACGUCGCUGGCUUUACAGACAUUCGUCCUUAUGACUAUUGGAACCCAGUCAAAUUAACCAUUGAUAUAGAAGAGUUCUUGCAAACGCUGCAGAAGGCACCAACUGGCUCCAUUGUCUUCCUGCAUGCUCCAGAAGAAAUUGGCCUGAAGCCCCAGGAGUGGGAGACGGUUGCAGCAACGAUGGAGAAAAAGCAGCUCUUCCCCUUUUUCAACAUUGAAAGUCAAGGCCUGGCUUCUGGAAAUCUGGACCGAGAUGCCUGGGCCUUGCGGCACUUUGUGGGACAAGGAUUCGAACUGCUGUGUGCUCAGUCCUUUUCCAAAACAUUCGGCUUAUAUGAUGAGCUGGUUGGGAAUCUUAUUGUGGUGACCAAAAACAAUGAGACACUGAUCAGAAUCCACUCCCAGAUGGAAAGGCAAAUGAGCACAAUGUGGGGGUGGCCCGGUAGCUUGGGGGCCCGGGUCAUCGCGAUGGUGCUGAAUAGCCCUGCUUUGCUGUACGAGUGGAAACUGAGUCUACGGAUGGUAGUGGAGAGGAUUAUGCUGAUCAGGGAGAAACUAAAAGAGCAGCUGAGGAUCCUGGGGACGCCCGGCUCCUGGGAACAUCUCACAGCCCAGUCAGGAAUGUGCAGCUUCAUUGGGCUCAGCUCUUCCCAGGUGGAGUUCCUAGUGAAGUACAAACACAUCUACCUCUUUGAAAACAAGCAGAUCAACAUCUGCAGCAUUAACUCAAAGAAUCUGGACUACGUUGCACGAAGCAUCCAUGAGGCAGUGUUAGCCACCACUCUUGAGGACUGGAAUUAG